UCUCAUCGAAUUUACACGACUUGCAAAGCCUUCCACAAACGAAUAAAAUUUUCACAAACAAAUAAUAUCUUCACAAUCCAAACUUACUAUUCCUCAAAAGAUGAAACCUCAUUCCUCUCAAAGAACAGGCCCGUGGGCCCGUCAUCAGGCAGCAAUGCUAGCCUCACCGGGCUUUCACCUCCUUCCUCCACAGUCAACAAACCAAUACUGAGAAACGCAGUUAAUCCGAAAGCUCGGGUUUUUUCGAGCCAGGACCCUUGUGUAAGCAUUCAUGGCUGCUUUCGAGACUCUAUAUGCACUGAAAGAGGCCAGCCUUUAGCCUCUAACAAACCUUGUUUGAAGUCUUCAAGGAACAUUUUUACCACAUCAUCGAUUUUCUCCUCUGUAAGAUUUUCAGCAUCUUUGAGUAUUUCUUUAGCCCAUUCGCUGGGUAUAUUC